UUCAGCGCAAUUGUCAGGUCACGUUGACGCGAUGUGAUGAUAUGAGCAACGACUCUGGUAUCAAUAUUGACACAAUUGAAGAACCAUCACAUAUAGAAGAUUUUGAAAGUUCAUACCAGGAGACAACGCAGGCAUCUAGAGCGACCAAUGCAACCAAAGUCCGCGAUAUCAACUUCAGCCAAAAGAGACGAAGCAAAAGCCAGAAAAAUACUUCAGAAUUAGAAAUGGUGUUGUAAGUAUGGAUUUUUUUUUAGAAUACUCUAUUUUAUGCAACUAUAUCUAAAUACUUUUUUUUUGUCCAGGACUCCUGCUCAAAUGAGUCGUCUACUGAUCAAAAUGGAUCAGCGAAGUAAGCGAACAGAAAAAAUGGUGAUAGAGAUUAAAAAUAAUCGUGCUGCUGGAGUCUUUUCUCCUUCCGGACUUCAAUUAUUGAAGGACAAGCUUCCCACAAUGCCUUUCGACGAUUGGAGUGAACUGGUGAAAUUUGAGGAUAGCAUAGCUAGCGAUGAUGGGGCUUCUAUAAAAAACGAUUUGUUGGCAUUCCUACAAAUGGUACCUGGUACUUCAGUAUAUCAAACUGCCAAAAACAUGAUGGCUACUCUGAUAUCCAUACCGCUAUCCCAGCUAUGUACUUUUAAAGGAACAUCUGUUAUUCGUGACAAAGGAAUAAAGAAAAACAAAUUUUCUCAAUCUUGCCCAACUAUCUUGGCUUGCAUUAGUGCUGCCUGUUUAUCCCGACAUCACGAUAAAUACGACCCUAAUCAAUUCAAAACGUCUUUACAAAAGUUUUUUAUUGAAUCUGGAGAUAAAAAUGGGGGCACAGAGAAAAGAAAGAGAAAAAUCAACGAAAAAAAAUUAGAAUGACAGAUUAAACAAAAAAAUCUCUCAAAAAAUUCAGCAAGUGACAUCUUUGAAUCGUCGGAGGAAGACGUGGAAUCAUCUGGAAAUGAAGCAGCCAAUUUCAGAAAAAACAAAAAAAAACAAUUUUGAUUGUAUUAGUUCGUUCUUUAGUUCAGGUUCAUCAGAUUCAGAUAAUUGAUUUCUAUGUCC